GCGCAGCUAGAGCCGAAUGGAGAUUUUCCAUAUUUACCUUCUGGGGCGACCGAGGGUAAGAGAUCGUGCUCAGUCAUCCGGAUUACAUGGCAUAACUUUCAAAGCAUUAUUUAUUUAAGCCUAACGUGGCUUUCGUUAAGGGAAUAUUUUGUGCUUGAGACUGUAAAGGGGUGUAGAUGGACGGUAGCCUAGCUGAAGACCCUCCAGUGCUCCCAGUACUGCAGCUUCAGUGUCUAGGAGAGAUCCAAGUGUAUCCAAGGUCGAUUGAACCGGAUGAUAAAGGAGAACAGUGAGCUGUUCUCUGAUUCUCAGUGUAAAGUGUGCAGCGCUGUCCUAAUCUCCGAAUCCCAGAAACUUGCACACUACCAGAGCAAAAAGCAUGCAAGCAAAGUACGCCGAUACAUGAGCAUUCAUGGAAAUGACGAGCCCUUUGCGAAACGCUUCAAGCCUUCAGAGAAUGCUACACAUAAUGUUGAUGAAGGUGACAAAUACAAAGCCUGCCAUGUGUGCAACAUGACGUUCUCUUCUGCAGUGGUUGCACAGUCACAUUACCAGGGCAAAGUUCACACCAAGAACCUUCGCUUAAAAAACUUUGGUCCACAACUUCCUGCAUUACCUCAGCCCAAAGCCCAGGUAAAAAAGGAUAAAGUGCUGCCUGAAGGUGCGCAGGGGCCGGCAGAGCAGGACCCCAACCGCUUCUGCACCAUCUGCCAGGCCUCCUUCAACAACCCCAUGAUGGCUCAGCAGCACUACACGGGCAAGAAACAUAAAAAACAGCUGACUAAACAGAAGCUGAUAGAGACUUAUGGGCCGUCAUCUGCACCAGCCUCCACACUGAAGGGCUACCCUUGUACUGUGUGCAAUAUUGAGCUCAACUCCGUGGAGCAGUACCAGGCCCACAUCAGUGGUUCCAAACACAAAAACCAUGCCAGAAUUAAGAAAGGAGCAAAUGCAUUCGCCAGCCCUCCUGAGAACUACCAGGCUGAUUUCCAGUAUACACCUGAGCAGGAGGCCCCAGAGGAUUGGGGCAGCUUUAACCAGGGAUUUGUGUGAUGAGACGCCUCUGUUUCACUGCCCUCUCCUCAUCUGUGACGAGCUUCCUCUGUGUAGGCACAGGUCAACAUGUGUCUGCACUGUGCAUCUCCUAAUGCCAGCAUUUCACCACACGCCUCGCUGUAUUCUCUCGCUCUCACACAGUUGAGGGACCACAACAAACUUCCACACCAGAUCCAUGUUCUCCCUUUCUCUCCAAAACUGAAGGCAAAACUUUAAAGUGUGCUUCUCUUUUCAGUGUUCGGAUUAGUGUUUUGUUUCAAAAUUGUUUGGUUUACUAAUUUAUUUCUAGAAUCUCCACAUACAUAUGCAGGUCCUAAAGUGGUUUCUGGAUAUGAUGUUUGUUGUUUUUAUUUUACAAUGCUCAAUGUUUUUGUGUUAAAUGAAUGUCUAUGGAGUUCAAAGCUGUUGAAUUUGAUAGGGGGCAAAGUUGGAAAGAACGAAUGUCUUUGUUUUUAUUUGUUGACUCCUGAUUUCUGUCCAUUUUGGAAACAAUCUUACUAUUUCUAAGAAAUUUAAAAGAAUAAUAUUUUACUCACUCAUGUUGUUCAAAACCUGUUGUUUUUUCUGCCAUGGAACAUUAUAGGGAGACGUUAGGCAGAAUGCAGCCUCGGUCACCAUUCACUUUCAUUUAGUUUUUAUUCCAUACAAAAGUGAAUGGUGACUGAGACUUUAUUCAGCUUAAUGUCUCCUUUUGUCUUCCAGGGAUGAAAGCGAUGUUGUGUGAACAACAUGAGGGCGCGUGAAUGACUCCAGAACUGUCCAAUUUUGGGUGAACUAUCCCUUUAAAUCAUUGCUUUGCUUGUCCUAAACUGGUUAGUAGUGUUUCAUUUCACAAUGCUGCUUCCCAUUUCUCUGUUAAAGUAAACAGCACAAAAUGUGGUUGAGUUUGUCAUAGUGAAUAAAACGGCCCAAUCUUAGAAAAUUAGUGCCAGGUCAUAAGUGAGAUAUUUAUUUGGUGUUCUUUUUAGGGACAAGCUCAUAAGUUCAUUUUGAAAUGCAAGAUCUCAUAAGAAUCUUUCAGUAUAUUCUUGUGUGUACCACUUCUGCUUAUCAAUUUGUUACUAGUUUGAUUAUGCAUAAGUUAUAAACUUACUUGUAAGUUGAAAUCCUCUUUGUUUUCAUUGUUUAUUUUUCAAAUGUACUUUGCAGGGGGCCCUUGGUAAACAGACAACGUUUGUGAAAUAAAUGAAUGCUUAAUGUCACCAUAUUAGACUUGAGAUCAUGAAGUAACCAAGUUUAAGAGUGCAUUUAUUAGGUUUUUUUAUUUAUUGUGUUGCUUUGUCAUUGAACAUGGCUUAAGAACUGAAUGUGACAAUUUGUGUUUUUAAAUGUUCUCAAAGUAAAAGGGCCUAGUUUUUACUGUAUUAUUUGUCAUGUCAUGUUAAGACAUGUCCCAGAAAAAACAAAUAUAUUCUGUCAUUUACUCACCCUCAUCUUGUUCCAAGCCCACUUGACUUAUUUUCUUAUGUGGAACACAAAAGAAGAUGUUUGGCAGAAUGACAGCCUUACCUCAAUCUUUUUUGCAUAGUGACUGAGGCUGUCAUACUGCCUGACAUCUCUUUUUGUGUCUUGUGGAAGAAAGUCAAAUGGGUUCAAGUAACUGAUGACAUGAUUUUCACUUUUCGCUGAACUAUCCCUUUAGUACAAACGCAAAUGCAGUAGCUCAACUUUGUAAUGCACAGUCCAAGAUGAACCUCUGGAUUGCGUUUUAAGACUUUAAAGCAGCAUAACCGCAAUUAUGUGCUUCAAUAUGGCCUUCAAACUUUAUCUCAUUGGUAGCAUAUUUGAGUGUUUUUAAUGUUACAUUUUCUUUUCAAAAGACAGUGUGAGCCUAAAGAGAUGUUUGUUACUUUCCAUCCAUUAAA